AUGUCUCGUGCCUCGCAGGAUCUCGAGGUGGCCGAUAUCGACAAGUCUUAUGUAGACAACGUCGAAAUCGUCGCCAAUGCCGAUAAACCCAAUCCCAAGAAAGAAGCCCCAGCCUAUGUGGCCGGUCUCUCCCCUGAGGAGCGCGAGAAGGCCGAGAAGGCUCUGGUGCGGAAGAUCGAUAUUCGUCUAUUGCCCAUGAUUAUCAUCAUGUACAUUCUGAACUACCUGGACCGGAACAAUAUCGCUGCUGCUCGUCUUGCGGGUUUGGAGGAUGACUUGGGUCUCGUUGGGAACCAAUAUUUGACCUGCGUUAGCAUUCUGUUUGUGGGUUAUCUGUUGAUGCAGAUCCCUUCGAACCUGCUGCUCAACAAGUUCGGAAAGCCUGCUAUUUACCUGCCCACUGCUAUGAUGCUUUGGGGUGUCAUCUCAACCCUCACGGCAUGUGCUCAAAACUAUGCCGGUCUUGUGGUUAUUCGAUUUUUCCUUGGUUUCGUUGAAGCCGCCUACUUCCCUGGCUGUCUGUACUUCCUCAGUGCUUGGUACACUCGCAAGGAGCUUGGUUUCCGUACUGCAGCUCUUUAUUCCGGCUCUCUCCUGUCAGGCGCUUUCUCUGGAUUGAUCGCCGCUGGUAUUACCGGAAACAUGGAUCACAAACGAGGCCUUCGUGCUUGGCGUUGGCUGUUUAUCAUUGAGGGUGCUAUCACAAUCGUCGUUGCCUUCAUCGCUAUCUUCAUCCUGCCUAAUUUCCCCCGUACGACUAGCUGGCUCAGUGAGGAAGAGAAGCAGUUGGCUGCAUGGCGUUUGGAGGAAGACAUUGGCGAGGAUGAUUGGGUUGACAGCGAGCAGCAGUCUUUCCUGCACGGUGCGAAGCUGGCUUUCACCGAUAUCAAGACCUGGGUUUUGAUGCUUAUGAUCUUAUGCAUUGUUUCCUCCGCCUCUGUGACGAAUUUCUUCCCCACUGUCGUCGAGACUCUCAAGUAUGACAGCAUCACCACCCUCCUCCUCACUGCUCCGCCCUAUUGCCUGGCUGUGAUUUGUGCGUUCGCCAAUGCCUGGCAUUCUGAUCGCACCGGCGAGCGAUACUUCCAUAUCACCCUACCGCUGUACAUCUCCGUCGCAGCUUUUAUUAUUGCUGCUGCUACGACUAGCACCGCACCCCGCUAUGUCUCCAUGAUGCUUAUGGUGCCAUCAUUCUAUUCCGGCUACGUUGUUGCUCUGGGUUGGAUCUCAAGUACCCUGCCCCGUCCUGCAUCGAAGCGUGCCGCUGCACUCGCUGCUAUCAACUGUGUUAGCAACUGCAGUAGUAUCUAUGCCAGUUAUAUGUAUCCCGACAGCGAUGCGCCGCGUUUUGUUCCCGCCAUGGCUGUCAACUGCGCUACUGCUUUCAUCGCUAUUAUCUCUGCGACCGUUCUCCGCUUCAUUCUCGUUCGUCUGAACAAGAAGCUUGACCGUGGCGAACAUGUUGAGGGUGCUGUUCCUGGCCAAGCCAGCAGCCGUGGCUUCAGGUUCUUGGUUUAA